AACAAGUGAUAAUUUAUGGGAAAGUUGAUACAUUAUGAUCAACGAUAGCGGUUCAAACUAGCUGUUAUUACAAAUUGAGUAUAAGUUCACGAUUUCUCUCAUUUGUAAGAAACUAUAAUCCUAAUAUAUAUUACAGUACCAUUAAGGUUUUUAUCGAAAAUACGAGACGCAAUGGUCGUAAUGCAUCGUGAACUUCAUUUGGAAGAACACCAUAUAAGAUAUAUUGAAUCAAACUACAAUAUUGAUGGUGAUUCGGUUGGAUUCGUUUUGGGACAGAGUAUUACCAAUCAAGAUUAUAUCUUUCAAUUCGUAAAAGCGGGAUCAAUAUGUACAAAUGCAGGAGGUGACUUAGUAACUUCAUUUAAUCAUGUCUCAUAUCAUGCCAUCCUUACUGCAGCAAAAGAUGUAUAUUCUGGUUUGCCAAGUGGAAUGACUGUCUUAGGAAUAUUCACUAAUGGUCCUGGAUUCUGUAAAUUAGACAGAGAAAAUGAAAUGAAAUAUUUAAAAAUUAUAGAAGCUAUAAAUGAAGCAUUAACAUCAGCUGCGCCAAAUUUACUAGGCUGUGGGAAUCCUGAGUUUCUAGUAUUAAAUUGCGAAUCGUGUAAAAAUAUUAAUUGUAAAUCAGUUGAUUUACGUAAUAAACAUCCACAAGAAUUUUCUCCAGUUGAUGUGAAAAUUGAGAAGGAACCUACCAAAUGGUAUCAUAUGGAAAGUGCAAUUAAUUUGGAUUAUGUUAUACCACUUCCUUAUCAGGAUGUUAGGGAGGACACCAAUUUAUAUUUAUUAAAUGAAUUUAAUAACAUCAUGCGUUCUUCUAUUGUACUUAUUGAUGGUGAAUUGAGACCAUAUUUUUCAAAAUUAAAAUCAAUUUUCAAAGAAGACACUUUUAAUGAAACAAAAUACACAGAUAAAAAUGAAAAUGAUGUUAAAACUAUUCAAUGUGAAAUUUAUUCAUCUUAUGAUUUAGGUAGCAAUGAAAUUGACGAAAUACUAACAUUGGAUUACUUAGUGCAAUUACGUGGCCGACUAUUUAGUAGAGCUGUUUGCCAUGAAUCACUUUCAAUUCAAGAUGUAGUGCACUAUAUAAAAUAUGAUUAUCUGAGAACAUUGUUGACUAGAAUUCAAGCAUAUCAGUGUAUUCUAAGGAAUUGUAAUGUAGAGCAAAUAUAUGCAAAUACUGAAAAGAAUAUCGCUCUCCAUCAGCUACCAAGACGUAUUUUAAUACAAUUACCUCCAUAUAAAAUACCAAUAUCAUUAUAUGUAUACCCUAAUGAUCAAUUCUAUAAAUCAAUUGAUAUGACUGAUAUCUUACUACGAUUAUACAAACCAUCAGAACUUGUUGAAGUAGACAUGGAACAAAUAAUUGAUACAGAUGAAUCACAAUUACCAUGGAAUCAAUCACAGUCUAAGCAAAAUACAGUAAAAGCUAUUCAUAUGGACCAAUGCAAACAACUAAUACCAAGUAAUCAAUUUAUAUUAUAUACGUCAGGUGUUAUAGCAUUAAUCAUUCUAAUAUUUGCAAUUUUGUUACACCAAUUAUAUUCUGAGAAAUAGUAAUAAUUAUUUGUAAUUGUUAUUACUGAAAUACAAGAAUGUAACAUCCUAUUCUGUAUGCAGACACAUACGUAUGCGUACAGAUGCAUUUGUACAUUAUAUAUGCUUAUACGAUUUAGACAAAUUAUACGAUACUUAAGUUUUUACAAAUGCUGAUAUGCAGUUUGCAUAAAUUAAAAAACAAAAAGAACUUUACUUGUUUGGUUAUUAAUAUACCAAUAGAUUUUAAAUAACCAAAUAACAAAUAAUAAUAUGGAAUUGUAUGAUAAAGUAAUGCAAAAAAAUGUUGCAUAAUAGUGAAGUGUUAUUUUUUAAUUGUCAAAGGAUUUAGAUAUUGAAACAUUUCUUAAAAAUCAAAAUUUUAUCAUCUACUUUGUAUUAUUGCAGUAAGUAAUCUGCAAUCUGAAAUAAUGUAAAUAUAUAAAGGUAAUCUUUCAACCAAUUCAA